AUGGGUGGGGAAGUUCGCUCAAUACACAAAUCAUUUAAUGGCUGUGCUUGUUGUGUCAUCUUUGUCUACAUGACAUACACAAUGCUGCCAUUGCGUCAGCGAGAGUCCCUGGUCGGUGGUAUCAUAUUAUCAGCAACACAGAUUUACACUACCAUAAGCCAUGUGGAGGAUACAUACCAAUGGCAAGAGUUAUUCAGCACUUUAAUGGCUUUAUUUUUAUCAAAUCUGACCGGCAUUUAUACCCAUUGGCCCAAGGAGAAGGCACAACGUAAAGCAUUUAUCGAGACGCGUCAGUGUAUUGAGGCUCGUCUGCGAACACAACGAGAAAAUCAACAACAGGAACGUCUUUUACUGUCAGUGCUGCCGAGGCAUGUAGCCAUGGAAAUGAAAGAUGAUAUCGCAGGACAACCGCGUGACACACAAUUUCACAAGAUCUAUAUACAACGACACGAAAAUGUCAGUAUUCUGUUUGCUGACAUCUGCGGUUUUACAAGUCUCUCGGAUCAAUGUACAGCGGAGGAGUUGGUGCGUCUACUAAAUGAACUUUUUGCAAG